AUGAAGAUUUAUAUAUUUAUUCUUAGUCUCGUAACGAUCAUUUCGUCGGUAAUAAGUUUCAGAGAAGAUUUAUUAUUAGCAUCGAAUGUCAAGUCAUGGAUCACAGAUCACAAUUUUACAGAGAUCAUCAAUUUGUCAUUUUCCUUUUCUAAAUGUUGCAACGUCCUUUUAAGCGAUUCAACGGAAGAUUCGGAAAUAUUUUUCGAUCGCUUCAGAACCAUCUAUCCUUACGAUUAUUUCUUGAAACGGAACACGAACGAAUACGAGCAAGAAUGUAACGGAUAUCUUUUGUUAGGAUCGUAUGACGACGAAAUUAUGGAGUUUGUGAGAAAAAUACCGUCUUUAUUGUGGAACACAGAAAUUCUAAUCAUUGUGGAUAAUGAUAUUUCUAUAGACUCUAACAUUCUUGAUAAUUCCAUUUAUGGAAUUGCAAGUGUAAAUAUUAUUUCUAUGUCGGGUAUAUGGAAAUUAUCCGACAAUUAUUUGAAUCCGCGAGUAUUUGUUAAAUUUGAUAGAUACGAAGAGAUAAAGAUCGACGAGAAUAUUAAUUUUCGCGGGCAAGAAUUACAAGUUUGCAGUAUUUAUAAUCCUCCCAUGACUUACUUGAACCAUACAAUUCGGAAAACGAUCAAUGGGUUCGAAGCUGAAGUGUACGCAAUGGAUAACGAUUUGGACUGGGACGGUAUCGAAAUGAGAUUGUUCUUAAUAAUGGCGGAAAAAUUAAAUUUUACGUGGACCAUAAGAAAACCAGAGGGAAAUUACACAUAUGGGAAACGAUUCAACGAAACGUAUUGGAUUGGCGGUAUCAUACAAAUGUUAAUCGAUCAAAAGGUGGAUAUCGCGUUUGCUAGCAUUUGGGUGACAUUGGAUCAGAAUAGAUUCGUUACAUUGUCGAUACCUUGGUACGAUGUGUAUCUCCAUUUCUUGGUGCCGCGUCCACAUCGAACCUCAAGUUUUUGGGCGUUGAAAAAACCGUUUUCCAAGAAAAUUUGGUGCUUGCUUCUCUCCGCGUUGCUCCUGCACAGCCUUUACACUUACGUUCGUUCAUGGAUCGACUCUAAAUUUCCAAAACGAUAUCGAAAUUUUCUAAUUACUUUCAUCGAUUUAAUUGGAUAUUUGUUAAGCAGCUCGGUGCCAAGGACUGUUGUACCGAACAGAGUACAGAUACUUCUUUGGCAGACUGUAGGCUGGUUAAUAAUUGCUGCAUAUUGCAGUAGUCUUGCUGCUAGACUUUCAACUUGGGAAUACGAAAGUAGGAUCGAUACAUUCAAGCAAUUCAUCGAGGCGAAUUUAUCAUGGGGGAAAUCUGGUCAACCGCCACCGUUUAACGAUUACUUUGAUCUUAGCGAUCCACACUCGGCUCAAUUGCGAAACAGAUAUUAUCAAAUAGAAAAUAAUACGCAAUUGGAGAGAUUUUUAAUGGAAGGUAAUUAUGCAAUUCUGGGCAAAAUAAUCGAAACGUGUUUCAUUCCGAACGAUUAUAUAACAACUGAAAGUCUCAAGAAUUAUAGAUUGAUGAGAGAAUCGUUGGGACACUUUUAUGCCUCUUUCGCGAUUCAACCACGGUUACUAAAGCCUAUAAAUAAAAUGAUUCUAUGGUUGAAGGAGACCGGUAUUGUAAUUUGGCAUUUACGUGAUGUCAUACGAAGACGAGUUAUUGUUAAUUCAAUUACGGAUUGAUUGAAAAGUAAUAUGCAUAUUAUGUGUAAAUGCGAGAUAAAGAUUAUUAUAUGCCAUUGAAAUAUAAGUUAUAUUUUCUAUAUUUCUAAAGAUCAUAAUAUGAUUUUUACGAUAAAUCUACGAGAUAAAUAUGUGAUAAAUCUAUAUAUUUUAAUCGAGUACAAUGAAAAUUGAUAAAUAUUGGUUCAUUAUUAUCGACUACAUUAUAUAAUCAUAACAUAAUCAUGAUUUUUAAUUUUUUUUCUGUAUAAAAGAAUGUUAAAAAUAUAUAUAUAUAUAUUUAUUGAAUUAUUAACAAUUUAAGAUUCAGAAUUAUUCAAUGAAGAAAUGCAAAUGUUAGAGAAAAAAUUUAUAUAUAUUUUGGAAGUGUUGGAAGUAUGUUGAUAAGUAAAAAAUAAUUUUAGCUAAUGAAUACUUUUUUAUUUUCGAAAUUGUUUUACUUGAAUGUGCAUUAAAUUAUGUCUUGUAAAAUUGCUAUUCAUUGUUUAUUCUUUUAACAAAUUAAAAUUGGUUAUAUAAUAUAUAUAUACGUAAAUGCACAAUUCUGCAAUUCUUUGAUAUUUAAUUUUAUACAUGAAUAAUAUAAACAUCUAUGUAUUAUGAACCAUAUAUCAAUACAUAAAUAAUUAGUGUAUUAUGAAUGCAUAUUAGUAUAAAUAUAAUACCUAUAAUA